AUGAGCUGCAGCAUCAAGAGAUCAUCCAGCACCUCGUACAGGAGCGGAGGAGGAGCUGGAGGCGCCUGUGGUGGCAGCAGCGGCCGCAGCUCCUCCGUGUCCUGCCGGCGCUACGCCUCCUCCGUGAUCGGCGGUGGCAGCUACGGCGGGGCAGCCUGCGGGGGCUACGGGGGCGGCCUGAGCAUGGGCAGCCUGGCCGGGGGCUUUGGCGGGGGCUUUGCGGGCAGCUGCGGCCCUGGGGGGGACCUGCUGCUCAGUGGCAAUGAGAAGGUCACCAUGCAGAACCUCAACGACCGCCUGGCGGCUUACCUGGAGAAGGUGCGAAGGCUGGAGGAAGAGAACGCUCAGCUUGAGCACCACAUCCGGGAGUGGUACAGGAAACAAGCUCCCAACGUUUCCAAGGACUACAGCUCCUACUACCAGACCAUUGAACAACUCCAAAAUCAGAUUAUUUCUGCCACUGUGGACAACAACAGAAUGCUUCUGGACAUCGAUAACAGCAAGAUGACUGCCGAUGACUUCCGAAUGAAGUAUGAGAAUGAGCUGGUCAUCCGUCAGACUGUGGAGUCUGACAUCAAUGGACUGAGAAAUCUCAUGGAUGACCUGACUCUGGUUAGAUCUUCACUGGAAUCUGAGCUGGAGACCUUGAAGGAUGAGCUGAUUGCUCUGAAGAGAAACCAUGAGGAGGAAAUGAAGCAGCUCCAGUCCCAAACUGGUGGCGAUGUGAGCGUGGAGGUCAAUGCUGCCCCUGGAGAAGACUUGACAAAGAUCCUGAAUGACCUGAGAGAUGAAUAUGAGCAGAUCAUUGCAAAGAACCGCAAGGAGGUGGAGCAGUGGUAUGAAGUCAAGAUCCAAGAAGUCAAUCAGCAGGUCACUUCCAGCAGCCAGGACAUCCAGACAAGCAGCCACCAGCUCACCGAGCUGAGGCGCGAGAUGCAGAACCUGGAGAUCGAACUGCAGGCGCAGCUCAGCACGAAAGGCUCUCUGGAAAACUCCUUGGCAGAAACCGAGUCUCGCUACAGCUGCCUGCUCCAACAAAUCCAGGGGCAGGUCAACUCUGUGGAGGAGGAGCUGGCCAGCAUCCGCUGUGAGAUGGAGAGUCAGAGCCAGGAGUACAAGAUGCUCCUGGGUAUAAAAACCCGCCUGGAGCAGGAGAUCCAGCAGUACCGGGCGCUGCUGCAGGAGGGGCAGCAGGAUCUUGUUGCCUCCCAAGGAGCUUUCCAAGGAGGUGGAAAAUCCUCCCAGACUUAUUCUGCCUCCUACUCUCAUUCCCAGUGUGGGGAGAUGUCAGGGCAGUCAAGAGUGUGCUAGAGCACCAGGAGAGACCCUGGCACCAUCCAGCUGAGAUGCACCAACCAUGGGCA